GCAAAACCACACAAGUCGAGCAAACAGUUGCAAUUCUGUCAACAAUAAAACGCGAGGGGGAAUUUGAAGGAAUUAAACUCCUUUCUCUCUUCCCACAAUGGCUGGACCGUGAAAAUCGUCCGUUGCGGAAAGAAGGGGGACAUAUCGCAAGGCUACUGGAAGCCGUUUGCUCGUCCUCGGUGAGAGAUUUGCCACUUGCGCGCGCGGAAGAGCGUAAACGUCUGACACGCUGUUGUAAACGGAGAAAAUAACUACAACAACAAAUGGCCAGGCAGCAAUUUAGUGUGAUCUCGCGGUAAGGCUGUGAGCAGGAUUUGAGGUCUGCACAGGCAGUUCCGCACGGUUUAAGGAUAAUCAGUGUGUCAGUUUGGGCUUUCUUAUGUAAAGCAGCUGUCUUUGAAGGCGGAUCUUUUGGCAGGUUAGUUCAGGACUGAAGCGGAGGAGCUCAGACAGACACAGACUGAGCGCGAGCAACUGUAGACAAGUGUCUGGAGGAAAUAUUUGUCGGUUUACGGAGCGGAUUCAUUCAGUCAUAUUUAUUGCGAUUAAACGACCAGGUGUCUUGCGCUGUGUGAUGGAAACCGGUUGAGUUUGGAUACUUUGCGGAGGAUGAACGUGGAAAGUAGCGCGAGGAGUUGAAGUGAAGUCCGUGAGGGAAGCAGACGGUCAACAUAAUCUCACAGGAGCUUCCGAAGGGUUUGUCAGCCUAUGUGUGGAUUGAACAUAAACGAAAGCCUACAUGUGAAAAUUUUGUGCAAUAUUUUUCCUAAUAUCAAGAUUUUAUACGGAUUUUGCCAGAUAUUUGUGAACUGAACGUUGUUUGAAACACUAUUAUCAACUCAUUUCUGACUGAAAGAAAAACGUGUCAAGUUUUUCUCUGAUGCAGUUUCAUCCUUAAAGUUUUUUUUUUUGGUAAAUCACAAAAAGCAACAAUGAAGCGCCUUCUCUAAGCAAAAAGAUUUCAUAGCUUUUUCUGAAAGACAUCUCUCACUUUUUCCUGCUACAUGAGUUAAUAUACAUUUAAAAUGUUCGGUGCCUCGUUUGGACUGGAUGCUCUCAGCUUUGUGCUGCUGUGCGUGGCUGGAGUUUGUUCUGCUAUCAGUUCCAUAGACCCUGGAGAAGGAAGAUGCCAGGAGAUCGCUAUUCCUCUUUGUAAAGACAUCGGCUACAACUUGACAGUAAUGCCAAACUCAAUGGGACAUGAGGAUCAAAGUGAAGCGGCCAUUAAACUGCACGAGUUUGCGCCGCUGAUCGAGAUCGGCUGCCACAGCCAUCUGAAGUUUUUCUUGUGCUCGAUCUAAGCUCCCAUGUGCACGGAGCAGGUAUCCACACCCAUCUCGGCGUGCCGAGUAAUGUGCGAGCAGGCGAGGCAGAAGUGUUCUCCAAUCAUGGCACAAUUUAGCUUCCAGUGGCCUGACUCGCUGGACUGCUCCAAGCUGCCAAACAAAAAUGACCCCAAUAACCUCUGCAUGGAGGCACCUAACAACGGCACAGAUGAUCCCCCGAAGGGGUCCCACACUCAGCCGCCCGACUCCAGACCCCCUCGUCUGGGCAACAGUCAAGAACUUCCUAUUAAAGAGAGGGUUGGAAAGACGACGUGCAGCAACCCUGGAAAGUUUCAUUAUGUGCAGAAGAGUGAGUCAUGUGCCCCCAAAUGUUACUCCAAUGUCGACGUGUACUGGAGUCAGGGCGACAAGCGUUUCUCUAUGGUGUGGAUCGCCAUCUGGUCCAUACUGUGCUUCAUCUCCAGCGCGUUUACCGUUCUCACCUUCCUCAUCGAUCCACAGCGUUUCAAGUACCCCGAGCGUCCCAUCAUCUUUCUCUCAAUGUCUUACUGUGUGUACUCAGUGGGGUUUCUUGUACGGCUUUUUGUGGGGGUCGAAAACGUGGCCUGCGACCGCGAUACCGGCGUGCAGUACAUCAUCCAGGAGGGCUUGGAGAGCACAGGAUGCACUAUAGUGUUCCUUAUUCUGUAUUAUUUUGGCAUGGCCAGUUCCCUGUGGUGGGUCAUACUUACUCUGACAUGGUUCCUGGCGGCUGGAAAAAAAUGGGGCCAUGAGGCCAUCGAAGCCAACAGCAGCUACUUUCAUCUGGCAGCAUGGGCCAUACCCGCCAUCAAGACAAUCAUGAUUCUGGUAAUGAGGAAGGUGGCAGGAGAUGAGCUCACAGGGGUGUGCUACGUUGGCAGCAUGGACGUCAAAGCCUUGACCGGUUUCGUUCUCAUUCCCCUCUCUUGCUACCUCAUCAUCGGCACUUCCUUUCUGCUCUCAGGGUUCGUGGCACUCUUUCACAUCCGCAAAGUUAUGAAGACCGAGGGAGAGAACACGGAUAAGCUGGAGAAGCUGAUGGUCAGGAUCGGCAUCUUCUCGGUCCUUUACACGGUUCCUGCCACUUGUGUCAUCGCUUGCUAUUUUUACGAGCGACUCAACAUGGAUUACUGGAAGAUCCUUGCAGGUGAGCAGAAGUGCGUUGAGGACGGUAUGAGCGGCGAGGAGUGCGUGAUGAAGACCUCCAUUCCGGCCGUGGAGAUUUUCAUGGUUAAGAUUUUCAUGUUGCUGGUGGUGGGGAUCACCAGCGGCAUGUGGAUCUGGACCUCCAAAACGCUGCAGUCCUGGCAGAACGUUUUCAGCCGCAAACUGAAGAAAAAGACCAGGAGGAAGGCAGCGUGUGUUUUCACGGGCAGCGGACCGUACCUCAAGCCUCAUCCUGCACUGAAAGGACAUAAAACCAAGUACGAACCAGCAGGUCCUCCCGCCACGUGUGUAUGAGCUGGUGCUCUAUACAGCCAAACAAGAAAAUGCUGGACUUGGAGUAAACAAACUGUUUUCUAAAGUCAAGAACCAGCGGAGGACUCGUAUUUCUUUUUAAAAGAUGCUCCCGCGGGUUUUUUUCUAAAUCUGUGUGAAUAUACGAGAUCAAUGUCUGCUUAGGCUUUAGCUCUUAGUGCUUACUAUUUGGGGAAACUUGGCAGACUUUGGAGACUGUUUUCUCGGACAAAGAAAAGGGAGCCGGACCCUGUUGUUGUCAUGACGUUGGGAUGCCUGUAUCAUGUGCAAUAGUUGUUUCCCUUAGUGACAGAGAGAAAUACACUCGGAUACUGUAGGGCUGUGAUUAAAGACAAUGAAAGGACUCAACAAACAAUGGGCAUGAAUGGCUCGGGGAAAAGCGGCUCCUCUGUGGCGUGGUCAUGUGGCUUUUCUAUGAAAAUGAAGGCUGUGUCAUACACAACUGCAUUGACAUUGGAGUGCAGCUGCUCAAUACGGCAUCAGCGGAGAUUGAACUGCCCAUUGUCAAGCCUCUCCUUGGGACAAAGUAAAUCUUUAAGCACUAAAUAUUGCAGACACAAAGAGAAAACUUGUUAUUUGAGUUGUUUUUUACAGUGAGUACAUGACCCCUGGUUUGUUUUGUUAUUCUCCUUUUUAUGCCCCACAGACAUUUGUGUAUAUUUCUAAAGGUUCAUAUUUUAUAAGAAUAAAAACAUUUUAGUUUUAAACAUUUUGAAAUUGAUGCCGUGAUUCACAAAGGAACCUUAUCAUUUGUGUGAAUAUAUGCUUUAAACGUUUUAAACGUUCACAAAGUAGGAAGACUCUUGUCUAAUCUGAUUUUAAAAGCAAGUCUAUUGGGAAUUACUUGACUCACAAGAUUACAUUAAUAUUCUUCAUAAGUCAUAGUUUUCAAAACAUCCUUAAGAUAAAAAAACAUAACCCAAGGCUUAAGAUGUUGGUAUGAUCAGUCCACUAAGUAAAAGUUUUGGUGAUGGUCAUGUUUCUAGUCUUGUACAACUUUCAUAGGAGAUUAAACACUGACUUGAGACAUCAGAGAUCUCAGGUCAAAGGAUACAGGUCUUGUGCUCAUGUGCUUGUAGUUCUGGACUAACACAAUGCUCUACCUAUUGGGCUACAGUAGAAAAAGUAAAUCCCAAAUAUAACAUUUAUCAAAAAUAUGAAUAAAGGCUUUGUUCUCUUCUCUAUACAAAGACUCUUCAGAAAAAGCUCUAGCUUUUAUAUUUCUAUCUCAUUAAAAUUAAUCUAUUCACUUCCAUGUUUCAUUGAUAAACAAUACUGAAGCAAAGUCUUUAAAGUUUGUUUUGUUUUGGUCUCCAGGUUUCGAGGGAUUUUCUCCUCUGUUUUAUUUGUAACAUCAAAAUGGGUCAUUUUUGAAGUAUAUAGCCUUUGAUUUAGCCUUUUGUCUUUUUCACGUUGCAGAGCAGAAUGUUAAAGUCUGUUAUUACAAUCAUAUGUGAGGAUCCUCUAUGCUCAUUUUAUUAAACUUUAUUUUAAGCUAAGCCUCUGUCGAUCAUAAAAGGGAGAUUUGACAAUUCUUGGGGAAUUCACAUUACCCUCAGCUAAUAAACAAAAGGCAUAGGGGGAAAUAAAAAGAAGUUACAUAUUA